UUUUUGUGAUAACGAAUGUCGAAGUAAUGAUCCUAAAAAAAAUCACCUAAAAUUCAAACGUUGAGUUGAUCUGACAUUUAUGGAUAUGUCACCGAGUGUUAAACAUAUCUAGUUGGAAAUCAUCCAAAUGUCAAAUUAGUCCAGAUUGAUUAGAGGCGUGAAUCAAUGUCCAGUUUAACCUAACGAAACUAUCUACAUCAACCAGAGGCGUGAAUCGCUGCAAGCUAUUAACCUGAAAAAACCGUCGUUUUCGUCGGUUCUUAAAAAUCCAGAUGCGUAUUUCGCUUAAAUUGUAAAUUAAUAUUUUCUUAACAGACUUUUACUUUUGUGUUGAAGAGGAUGUCUGAAUAGGCGCAUCACUUGGGCGUGUUCCGGAAACGAUGGCUGACACCGAUUUUCCGUGACCUAGACAGAUGACAUUUUCCAGAGCGAAUUAGAUAGGACAACAGUUUUACCCUACCAAUCAUUGACACUACAAGUUGACAUUUAGGUCUACCAGCAAUUUUAUUUCAUGUUGAUAUUUGAAAUUGUCUCUCUCUAGCUAUCAUUUUGCGUGCAAACUGGAUUAUAGUAGGCGAAAAGUUUAUUCAAGAGACCGUGUUGAGCCAAGAAUUGGAAUUCACCACUGCCAAUAGAUCUCAGAGGUACAAAGGAUAUGUCAUCGUCAAAACAGUAUGAGAACAAACGAUACAAAGAACUGUGAUUGACGUCGAUGAUAGUCAUGUUCUAACAACAAGGCGACAUUGGAAAAAUCCUACCAAGGAACAACUUCUAGAACUGACAUUCACGGAAUGAAUUAAGACGUCGACCGACCAAGAAAUAGUUAUAGACAUGGCGACUCUUUCAGAAAUAAAUGAGGCCGAGGCAUUUCGUCAGUUUCCGUUGUCCGUGUAUCUAUCGAUUCUGUCCCUGGUGGGACUUAUCGGAAACUCAAUAGUAUUGUACAUCUACACCAAAGUUUACAAAAACUCUAACUCGCGUUGUUUCAUCCGCUUCCUGUCCACAGUAGACCUAAUGACAUGUACAGUUGCAGUUCCGGUUGAAAUCCUGACAGUUUUGAACCAGUACGAGUUUGACAACACCACUGCCUGUGGGAUAUCUCGGUUCGUUAACUCAGCAGGAACUGUUGCAGCGUCCACAAUAUUAAUAUUGAUAGCGUUCGACAGAUACCGUAAAAUCUGCAGACCUCUAAAGUGGCAAAUAUCAAAUAAGAUGGCCAAAAUAUUAAGUGUGUGUUCUUUGAUAUUUGGACUUGUAUUUUCAAUCCCGAACAUUUUUCUUUAUGGUGUUCGAACUCGAGAAGUGGUCUUUGAAACGUUUGUAUAUAAUGGUACUGAAUGUUCUGUUAGUGACGCUUGGUCCGAGUCUUCGUUUCCUUUGAUCAACAACGUCAUCACUAUGCUUAUGUUUCUCGUGUCUGCUGUGAUACUGGUGACAUUGUACACAAUCAUCGGCAGAAACGUGAGGUUCUUCGCCAGACGUCAGGAACAAAGAAAAAACUCGUCGGUUGUCUUGGAGACGCAUAGUGACGCCCAAACUGCAGUGAAGCGCCGUGUUUCCGAAAUGAGGUCACAAGAUGGCGUCUCAUCAGAUUCAAUAAAUUUAAAACCACCAAAGAGGUCUAGGAAUCUACCUAUCCCGGAGGAAAAUGGCUCUCAACUACUAGAUCGAACACUAAGUCAUAGUAAGUCAUCGGACCCAAUCAUUAUGACGCCUGAGAGAGAACAAAGUUCAUCGGACAUUGUUUCGACGCUUGACAAGAGUCACAUUCCUCCAAUAGUUACCAGUUUAGAACCGCAUCUGCACCACGAAAAUGUGUCGUGUGUCUCAGAAGACAAGCUAGAUUAUGAAGUUGAAACGACUAGGGACAAGUCAAACAAUUGCCCAACAAAGACAAGCAAUUCAAUGCCAAACAUAAGACCUUUAUCCGAAUCAAUGCACAGCUCAUUCUCAAAAAUGUCAUCCCUUAAAACCCAAGUCAGUAACAUGUUUCCGUCCAAUCGUAGGAAAAUUUCGCAAGACACGCUACGCCAAAAUAAGAAUCUUGCGAAAAGCACAACGUAUUUAAUGUUCAUUAUAUCAAUGGUGUUCAUUGUGAACUUCCUGCCUUAUCUUCUGCUUGUUAUCCUAAGGGAACUCAAGGAGGACUUCGUGGACAGUCUGCAAAGCAAUGAUGCCGGACGCACUGCAUACCGAUUUUUUCUGAGGUCAUAUUUCGCCAACUGUGCUGUGAACCCGAUCAUAUACAGUAUAUUUGAUCGUAGAUUUCGACACGCGUGUAAACAAACGAUGAGGUCUGCUAUUGUAAAAUGUUUUCCUGCAAAACAUUGAAGUACAUUAUAUACAGACAACAAUAUAGUUUCCUGAAGUCUAAUGCCCAUAUACUGCUCUCUCUUACUAUUGAAUAGUAUACCAAGUGUUCAGUACCAACUCAAGUCGAAAGAAUAUCUUAAAUAAAUAUACUCAACAAAAUGAAUUGGAAAGUAUUUCUCCCUAAGUACCAUCUCUGUAUCGGUAAAAUGUAAAAGCUAUGAUGCCUUUGGAGUAAAAACAAAUAUAUAGUGGAGUACUAGUUAAGGAUUAAACUAUAAAGGCAUCAUUGAACAUGGAUUUUUGACAUGUGAUAUGAAUAGCACUAGCAACUUGACAUUCUUAAUUAUACAUACUGACCACAGACUAAUAUUUGAAAUUUUACAUUCUUUGAUAUACAUGUAUUAAGAAAAUAUUUAAGUACAGUUUUAGUAAAAUACCUGGUCGGAACAACUUUGGUGUAGAUAUCUACAAAUGCAUUCUCUAAAUUGCCAAAGAAAGCUAUGUUAACACACUGGAUUUUAGGCAGCGAGAUAUUUACUGUAGAAUUGCUAUCCCAAAUGAUUUAUAAAUAUUUUUGAUUAAUUGAGAAUGUGGAUUAUUUUAGAACAUGAAAACUAGACACGAUUUAAGAUUUUGUAUUGGUCCAAUGGUUGGACAACUUACAGGAAGUAACUUAUCUGACGCUAAUUAUAUAAUUUAAAUCUAUAUAUAGAUACAUGUAUGUGCUGUAAUGAUUUAAUAGAAAUCAUAGGAAUACCAGAGUCUCUAACAAGGGCAGUUGCUACUCCUGUUAAAUGUUAAGUAUUUUGGGAAUGAAACGACUGGUUCGCCCGUUGUCAGCAUAAUUUUAUCGGGUAUGGUGUCCUGUUGGGUGUUCCAUUUCUCGGUAUGGUUCAGGGAGGCAGCACUAUAAAGUCGACAUCAGAUUCUCGCCAUAACAAGGAGGCACGGGGGUAGCCACCCUUAGAUGUCUUUAGCUGUUGAUACAGCUUGUAUGACGCUAUACAAACCAAAACAGGUAUAUUACGUCUACUGCAGAUAAUUUUAUCAUUUUUGGGUUCCUGCUACGCCCGAAUUAUCACAAUAGCCAAGUUAUUUGGUGACAGAACCGUUAAUAGUGCUAUUAUAUAUUAAAGUGUUGACGAUUGGGUGAUAACUCAGUAGCAAGCCACAGACUUUAAUCUUUAACUCAUAACAUAUAUCAUGAAUGGAAGAUUUAAACUUGUUUCAUGUAAUAAAAUACGUAAAAUGGAAUAUUGAUUUUUAAUACUGCCUUCAUUCUCAUUACAAACAAUGACCUCCUAGAAUCGCUAGAAAUAGUAUGGGCAAUCAUCUAGUUUCGAUAUUGAUUAUCUAUCAGUAAUUAAGACAGAGUAUAUCAAGAUAUCUCAAACUCUGGUUUCUUGAUCGUAAGGAAAACGUGUGGCGUAUCAUAAGAUAUACUUGAUUGUCAUUAUUUCUUCGCCAAGCACAUUAUGUAUAUAACCAAAAUAUAUAGCACAUGUUUAUGAUCUCCGAGUCAAGUUAAAUAUUGGUAUUUAGGAAGAUCAAUACAUCAAUAUAUCAUGAUAUUCUUAUUAAGAAUAGAGAAUCGGUCACAAUGAAUAUUCUUAUUGAGAAUAGAGAAUCGGUCACAAUGGAUAUUCUUAUUGAGAAUAGAGAAUCGGUCACAAUGGAUAUUCUUAUUGAGAAUAGAGAAUCGGUCACAAUGAAUAUUCUUAUUGAGAAUAGAGAAUCGGUCACAAUGGAUAUUCUUAUUGAGAAUAGAGAAUCGGUCACAAUGGAUAUUCUUUAGAACCUCGGAUCAAUUGUACACUGCAUAUGUUAAUGAUAACGUUAACUGCAUAUUUUAACAGUAAAAUCAUCCUUAUUGUAUAGCUUCAGAAAAAAAAUCUAAUGCAUUUGCUGUUGAGAACAAAUAUAUAUUCAUCAUUAGUAAUGUCAAGGUUAAUGCUUCAGAAAUUAAAAAAAAUAUUUUAAUAUUCUAGUAUUCUUAAUUCAAAUGUUUGUUUUAAUCAAAUGAUGUAUUGCACAUUCUUAUGCAUUAGUUUAGUGUAGUGUGGCAAAGUGCAACCAACCAUUGGGUAUCCGACGAUGCCUCCUUACCUGCCAUUGCCAGAACAGGUUAUAUAAACUUAUAAAAUCAUUCUUUUUGGUCAGGAUGGAAGCGCGCCAGGGGGUAUACGAACAGUGGAACCAAAGAUUUUCCCAUAGACGAUAAUGUUAACGUUUUCCACUGUCUUCCUUAAAUGGAAUUUUCAACACUGGUCCACUCACCCUAAUUUUGUAAUGUCAUACACCUGUAAAUAGAGCAUUAAAAAUUCUACCAAUUUGAAAUAUUUUUUAUAUGGGGGCCAUCAUCUUGUAUUGAAUUCAGCAGCAAUAACUCGCCUAAGUUUACAACAAACUAUACACUUAAUGAACUCCCCCAUGACAAAAAAGAAAGAAAAGGAAAUAUAUUUUCUUUUCAUGUAUUUUAGAUCUACAUGUAUUACUCAGCCCACACAUAAGGCUGUGGAAACUUCUCACACCUGAAUAUCCAAUCAGUAGGCCCCGAUGCAUUCACCGUACUUUUAAAUUUUCUGCCCAAACGCUGUUUCACUCUCUUUUGAGGGAAGUCAAGCGUCUUCUGUGUCACCGACGUCAGCCGCAAUGCAAAUCUAGGUCACGUUCGACGACACAUUCUGACGUCAUAUCUGUUUGAUUUCUCAAGCACUGAUUGGUGUUUUAAGAACCUACGAACGGAUGUUAAAAGAUAAUAGUUGAUAGUUACGAUUAAGAUAGACGGAUCAAAUACUUUUUUUUUCAAAUCCAUCAAACUUCUGUGCGUCGUCAUGUAUGCUAGUUUAUAUUUUCUAUUUAACUUUUACGUAAUAUCGGGUUAUAAAUGUUUAUAAUGCCGGGGAAUUCAUCCGUAUCGUUAUUGUUUUCGUUAUACAGUGAAACCUGACUUUACCGACACGCACUGGGACCAAGUCAAUGUCUGAUAUGAAAGUGUAACAGAGGAGCAUGUCGCCAUUCUGAUGGUGUUGGUCGGAUAAUACAGGAUGUCGUCAAAGUCAGUGGUCCGUAAAGUCAGGUUAAAUUGUAUAUGUUAAACAGGGUAAAUAACGACAAAUUAAACAAAACUUCUAGUUCUUACACCCCCACCCCCAUUUA